ACAGUGUUGUGUAAAAGAUGAAGAGAAAUUAUGGGAAGUCCUGAAACUCUGGACACACAUUCGCAUGAGUUUGUAAAAUUGCGUGACAUUGAAGGCAUCAGCAGAUUGUGUCAAAGCGUGGUCGUGGUUGAAUCAGAUUCAGUGGCUUCAGUUUUCAUUCAUCCAACCGUCAACAUGCUCCUGCUUCUUCUACUUCUGUCCAACGCGGACGUGGCUGAACCUCAGCGUUUGUUGGGUUUGAAGAACCAAACUUCGUGUAUGUGUAACGUGGACUCGGGUCAGUGGUCAUUUCCUGUGGUGAAGUUCGAGGCCGUUCUGAAGGACGUCGACACCUGUGAAACCUCCAUGAACCGUCUGCAGGAAAAGGUGGUGUUGUCGCAGCUGCGUCUUCCUCAGAUCCAGGAUCAGAUUAGCAACAUGACGGCCCGUCUGCAGCCUUACCUUUACCUCCACGACCAGGGCCUGUACUCCACCUUGUCUUUACGCCUGCUGAGCUCCGAGCUCAGUGUCCUGGAAACCAACGUCGGCAGCAUCCACGACAAGUUCAACACCGCGCAAACGCUCCAACUGUCCAAAGAGGUGGGUAAACUACGUAAAAAAGUGGACAGUAUGCAGAGGAUGGACGUAAUAAACAUGAAGAUGUUUAAGGAGAAACUGCGAUAUUUGAAGAACAGCGCUGAGUCCUGCAGGUCAAUCCCCUCAGACUUCACAGGUCAUCACAUGUACUGCCUGAAGGGUCUGAUCAAAAGCAUCAGUGAACCCGUUGUGACCAAGGUCAGUCCUUAUGGGAAGAGCUACAUUUCGGGUUCUUGGGGUAAACAGGCGCAGAGGGACGGGGUGGACCAACCGGACACCUACUGGGUCCUGUCUCUGCUCAACAGCAACAUCUGGGGGAACACCUUCCGCGUUUACCCCACAUACGAGGACUUCAUGCAGUCCAGGAACCAGAGGGACUUCACCUUGGCCCCAUCCCAAACCCACACCAACGCCGUCGAAGGCCCCAGUGCCGUCCUGUACGGUGACGCCCUGUUCUACCACUGCUACCGCUCCGCAGACAUCUGCCGCUACGACCUGAAAACCAACAACGUCAAACGGGUGACGCUUCCUGGCACCGGCGUCGGCUUCAACAACAAGUUCCCGUACUGUUACUACGACUGUCGGGCCAAUAGCGACGUGGACGUGGAGGUGGAUGAAACCGGGCUGUGGGCCAUCUAUGCCACUGUCGGUAACCAUGGUAACCUGGUGGUGAGUCGUUUGGUUUGGGACGAUCGUGCCGAGUCGCUGAACGUGUCCCAGACCUGGGAGACCAGGGUGUUCAAGAAGGCGGUCACCAGCGCCUUCAUGGUGUGCGGCGUCAUGUACGCCACCCGUUUCGUGGAUGACGGCCUGGAGGAGGUGUUCUACGCCUUCGACACCGCCACCGGCCGCGAGGACAACACUCUGGCCCUGCCCCUGGAGAAGGUGGUGAAGGGCGUGGCCAGUGUGAGCUACAACCCAGUAGACAAACAGAUCUACAUGUACAACGACGGGUACCUGAUGGCGUACCAGGCCAGUUUCUGAUCCGACGGAAGUCUGAACGAAGAUCCAACGCAUUUUCUGAUCGUGGUAGAUUUGGUUAAAGCGAAAAACAUGGAAAAAAAUAAACCCUUAAAGGCCCAGAAUUACUUUUGUGGCGACUUCCAAAUGAGUUUUUCUCUAAGUCUAACUUUUCUUAACUAAUUUUUCACCAUUUAUUCUAAUAUUUUAAGUGAACUUUUCCAUGUAACUCAUGUAUUUUCAUGUUUCAUGUAGUAGAGUUUAAAACAUCUACACUGAAUUCUCUAAUAAUAAAACCUUGCUAUAACUUUUGUCUGAGUUACAUGUUCAUAUUAUCCUUAUACAUGUGUUGUUAGUUCAGUGUAUUAUGUAUGUUUGUAGUGUAGACGUAUGGAUGGAAUCUCUGUUGUCUGGAACUUCUGCUGCUGUCUUGGCCACGACACAAUUACAAAAGACAUUUUUAAUCUCAAGCCUUUUUUUCCUUGGUU